UUUUAAAGCAGAAUUUAAAGUGUCUUCACAAAAAAAAAAGUUUUAGGAAAAAGCGUUUCAAAUAAAAAUAAAAAUAAAUCUUUAAUUUUUGUGCCUCAAAAAUACAAAUUUCUCUCUAAAAUUAUGGAAAUCACAGAGCCGACGUUGUGCAUUUUCUAUGUGAGCAAAGUUUUGGCGCUGGCGCCAUUCUCGGUGCGCCGCAACUCGAAGGGUGUGUUGGAUAUACGACGCAGCGUAAUGUUCUCGGUUUAUUCCGCGUCACUCUGCUUGCUAAUGGUCUUUUUGACCUAUCAGGGACUGUUGUUCGAUGCGAAUUCACAAGUGCCAGUGCGCCCAUCUUUUAGAAUGAAAUCGGCCACAUCGAAAGUGGUCACAGCGUUGGAUGUAUCGGUUGUGGUGCUGGCGUGUUCAGCGGGAGUCGGUUGUGGCUUGUGGGGAUAUCGUGCGACGCGUGAGCUCAAUACGCGACUACGGAAGGUCGACGAUUCGUUGCAUUCAUUUUCCAACUUUAAACGAGAUCGCAUAUUGGCGAUAUUAAUGCUGGCAUUGCCGUUGAUAGCCAUUACAUCGAUUUUAGGACUUGAUCUCUCGACUUGGCUACGUUUCGCCAUUUGCAUGAGAACACCGACAGAUGACACAGAACUAAACGUGCAAUGGUACAUACCAUUUUAUAGUCUCUACUUCAUUUUAACUGGCUUGCAAAUCAACUUUGCCAAUACCGCCUUUGGUCUGGGUCGACGCUUUCGGCGUCUAAAUGUAAUGCUGAGAAGUAGUUUUCUAAAAGAUGUUGAUAACAACCAGAAAUACAUUCCAUCUAAACCAUUAAUCACCACUGUGAAGGUGGUGUCACAGCAUCCGCUAUCUUUACACCAAAGUCUGUCGAAAUUGUCCCAUUUACCAACACAAGAAUCAGCUAAAAGCAAAGUCGCCUUACUAAGAUUGCUUGAAGAAAACCACGAGUCUUUGGGCAAAUGCAUGCGCUUAGUAUCUAACUCACACGGCGUUGCAGUGCUCUUCAUACUGGUCUCUUGCCUGUUGCACUUGGUCGCCACAUCAUAUUUCCUGUUUUUGGAGCUGCUAAAUAAAAAGGACAGCGGCAUGGUGUGGCUGCAAGUGUUGUGGAUUGUUUUCCAUGCGUUGCGCUUAAUAUUAGUCGUCGAACCAUGUCAUUUGGCUACCGUGGAGUCCAAAAAGACUAUACAAAUAGUGUGCGAAAUUGAGCGUAAAAUACACGAUCCAAUAUUGAAUGAGGAGGUGAAAAAGUUUUGGCAACAAUUACUUGUGGUGGAUGUGGAAUUUUCUGCGAGUGGUCUGUGUCGCGUUAAUCGAACGUUACUAACAUCGUUCAGCUCGGCUAUUUGCACAUAUCUGGUUAUACUCAUACAAUUUCAAAACACUAAUGGAUAA